AUGACUCGUGGUACUGGUGAAAGUUUUCAAGCUCUCAUUGUGACGGCUGACCCCACUUGUUAUUCACAAGCAGUCGGGCACCAAGAGUGGCGAGAUGCAAUGGACCAGGAGUUCAAUGCGUUAUUACAUAACAAUACUUGGACUCUAGUGGCUCCUAAACCGGACAUGAAUAUUAUUGGGUGCAAGUGGGUGUUCCGUACCAAACGGACCGCAGAUGGCUCCGUGGAACGGUACAAGGCUCGCCUGGUUGUGAAGGGGUUCAACCAGGCGGCUGGCGAGGACUUCUUUGACACGGUUAGCCCCGUAGUCAAACCGACUACAGUCAGGAUGCUGUUCUCUCUAGCUGUCUCACAUAACUGGACUCUAAGGCAACUUGACGUCCACAACGCUUUUUUAAAUGGGCACUUAGCAGAGACCGUGUAUAUGAAACAACCACCAGGGUAUGAGGACCCGACUCAUCCCGAUCACGUGUGUCACUUACAGCGGUCUUUGUAUGGACUCAAGCAAGCCCCACGAGCGUGGUUCAAAAGAUUGCAUGAUUAUUUACUCACUACAGGGGUUUUGGCAUCUAAAACUGACGUCUCUCUUUUUCACUACUCAACUGGUGACUCGCGUGUUUACCUGCUGGUGUAUGUAGACGAUAUCAUAAUGAUGGGUAAUGACCUUACGCUCAUUACCUCCCUACUUCAGCGUCUAUCCACGACCUUCAAGAUACGUGAUCUAGGCUCGCCUAGUUUCUUUCUCGGCAUUGAGACAAUACGCACUGCCGACGGUAUUAUGUUAUCUCAACGCAGGUACAUGAAUGAUCUGUUGACUCGGGCAGGUAUGUUGGAUUGUAAACCCUUGGACACACCAGCGUCGGUCACCCAGCCUAUGUCAUCUGCUGCUGUUCCGCAUGAUAAUCCGACGCAGUACCGUCGAGUAGUUGGAGCUCUACAGUAUUUGACUAUUACGAGGCCGGAUCUCUCAUAUUCAGUGAAUCGUCUCUGUCAGUUUAUGCACACGCCGACUACUGACCAUUGGGGUUUGGUUAAAAGGGUCCUACGGUAUAUCAAGGGUACUCUGGAUUAUGGUCUUCGCAUUACAGUAUCCCACUCAGCGGCUAUUCAUGCCUACUCUGAUUCUUAUUGGGCAGGUUGUCCUCUUGAUAGGAAAAGCACUGGAGGGUAUGCGGUGUUCUUGGGUAAAAAUUUAAUCUCAUGGCUUUCCAGGAAACAGCGUACAGUGGCCCGGUCGUCUACUGAAGCCGAGUACAAGGCCCUUGCCAAUGUUGCUGCAUAG